ACUGACAGUUGUGCAUUAUAAUUCAUUGUUUUGGCUAAAAAAUCAAUUACAAUCUUUGUGGCAAAAUUAUCGAAGAGUAAAGACUAAACAAAGAAAUCAAUGGUCUGGUGUUUGUAGCCAAUCCAACGAAGAAUUUGUUGCAACAUUUUAGCGGCUUUUGCAGGUAUCCUGUAAUAAAUACACAUAGUGCGCCAUGGCGCUGCAAUCAAUACGACAAUUUUAUCUUGAAAUACCACCAGUAACACGUUUUUAUACAACGGCAUGCGUUAUCACAACAUUGGCAGUGCAUUUGGAUUUAGUAUCGCCCUUACAAUUGUACUUCAAUCCCAUCUUGAUUAUACGUAAAUUGCAAUUAUGGCGUUUGGCCACCACUUUCCUAUUCUUCGGUUCAGUGGGCAUAAGUUUCUUCUUUAAUAUGGUAUUCACAUAUCGCUAUUGUCGCAUGUUGGAGGAAGGUUCAUUCCGCGGUCGUAGCUCAGAUUUUGUUAUGAUGUUCCUGUUUGGCGGUGCCCUAAUGACCUUCUUUGGUUUGUUUGUGAACUUGUUGUUUUUGGGACAGGCCUUUACCCUCAUGUUGGUGUAUGUGUGGUCCAGGCGGAAUCCAUUCGUUCGUAUGAAUUUCUUUGGUGUUAUGAAUUUUCAGGCUCCCUACUUACCAUGGGUUCUGUUAUGUUGCUCCAUGAUCUUGGGUAAUACUAUAUGGGUGGAUAUCAUAGGCAUGGGUGUUGGUCAUAUUUAUUAUUUCCUAGAAGAUGUAUUUCCAUUCCAAAGAAACGGCUAUAAAUUUCUUAAAACACCAAACUUUUUGAAAGUACUUUUUAAUGAACACAUUGAUCGUAACUAUCAGCCUCUUCCCGAAGAUCGUCCCGGUGGUUUUAACUGGGGUGGCGAAGAAGUUGAACCCCAACCAGCACCAGAGGCUGAUAACAAUGAACCCGCAGCUGCAGAAGGUGCACAAAAUCCAGAUGAAAACAAUGACCAAAGAGCGGCAAGACCAGCACAAAAUUAAUUCUUAGCUGUAGAGUAAAUGUUGGAAUAAAAAACAAAUAAAACACAAAUAACCCGCCGUGUUUUGCCGUGUACAAAAUAAGAAACAAAAACUUUAAAAAAGAAAGAAAAAAAAACUAACAC